AUGGAAUUACUGCUUCUGCUAGCCGCCUUGUUGUUCCACGACGCCUCUUCUUUUCGGCCGUUGUCUUGCCAACGGCGUCAUCAACGAACAAACCAGCAAUCACUGGUGCUGAAUGCUGCUGAAGAAAACGGGCAGCAUGAGGAUUCCUUGCAAUCUCGGCGGCAAAUAUUGACCACGGCCAUUGCUUCUGCAGUGACGUUGAGUGCUGAAUCUGCGUCUGCCUUGGUCAAGGGAGUAGCCCCACCUUCCUCCAUGAAACCUUCCAGUGGAAAACCCAAAUGUACCAAUGUGGAGGAAUGCCAAGCCAUGGCCGAACGAAAAGAACAAGAAGAAAGGGAAACAGCUGAAGGAAGUCGAGUCCCUGCCAAAAAAACACCAGGUGGAGUCAUUUAUCGAGAUGAACAGGAAGGAAAUGGGGGGGUUGUCAAGGAUGGCGAUGAAGUCACGCUGUACUACAAAGUGCUGAAGCUUGGAAAAAGAUCAUAUGAUGGAUUGUCAGGAGAAGGCACGGUGGUUUUCUCCAGAGGUUAUGGUUUGGAAGAUGACGAAAAGAAGCCUGGUGACAAAUCUUUCAUAACAACAGUCGGGGCAUUCAGCAACGUUGUAGCACUCAAUGAAGCCCUUAUUGGAAUGAAGGAAGGGGGCAUUCGCCGCAUCGCUGUGCUGCCGCAAAAGGGUUGGCGCAAACCAACCGCUCAGUGUGAUGGAGGCCCAGGGGGCCAAGGGCAAGGAGGCGACCUUAGAACGGAUUAUGUGGUAGUUCCAACUGCAACAAUGGUGGAACAAGAAGCCUGCUUUGAUACCACACGACAGCCAUUCCCUGCAACCUAUGCACAACAAAGACGAAUGGCCCAAAGAUUCGAUCAAAGUCUGAUCAUGGAAGUGGAAGUUAGUUCCAUUGCAUCGUCCUCAUCGCUGCAGUGA